GCGUCCACAUUCAGCAUCCAUCCACGCAACAUCUCACUGCGUUUUCGUCAGACAUUCGAACGGCGCGCAGCUCUUUGGUACUCCGGUUUAGACAGAGACUUCAUUUCAAAGAGGGAAAGAUGGCAUUGAGAGGAUCGUUAUUCAGACUUCUCAAAACGCAACUAAAUCACACUUGCCAGCAAAGCAGAGCGCAAUCCGUGGCUGUUCUUGGCGCUCCUUUCUCCAGAGGACAGAAAAGAAGAGGCGUAGAGCACGGACCUAAAGUGAUACGAGAUGCCGGGCUGAUUGAGAGACUGUCGGCGUUAGACUACUCUGUCCAUGACUUUGGGGACCUGACGUUUCCCAAAAUUGAGAGUGAUGAACCCUACAUGGAAGUGAAGGCCCCGCGCACCGUGGGAGCAGCCACUAAGAAAUUGUCUGGAGCAGUGAGCAGAGCCAUCGGGGCUGGACACACCCUAGUUAUGCUGGGAGGGGAUCACAGUCUUGCCAUGGGCUCAGUGGAAGGACAUGCCCAGCAGUGCCCCGACCUGUGCCUGAUUUGGGUGGACGCUCACGCAGACAUCAACACCCCCAUGACCUCUCCUUCUGGGAACCUGCAUGGACAGCCAGUGGCCUUCAUGCUAAAAGAAUUGCAAAACAAGGUUCCAGAUCUGCCUGGAUUUGGGUGGAUGAAACCGUUCCUUACCUCAAGAGACAUCGUGUACAUUGGAUUGAGAGACGUCGACCCUGGGGAGCAUCACAUACUGAAAAACCUUGGCAUUCAGUACUUCUCCAUGAGAGACAUCGACAGACUCGGCAUCCAAAGAGUCAUGGAGGUCACUCUUGACAACCUUCUGGGAAGACAACAGCGUCCCAUUCACCUGAGCUUUGACAUUGAUGCGUUUGAUCCCUCCCUUGCUCCUGCAACUGGGACUCCAGUGAACGGGGGGCUGACCUACAGAGAGGGCAUCUACAUCACAGAGGAAAUACACAACACAGGCCUGCUGUCAGCCAUGGACCUUGUGGAGGUGAACCCUAUUCUGGGCGCAACCCCUGAAGCCAUCGAGGCCACUGCAUCUUUAGCCGUGGACGUCAUCGCGUCAUCCCUGGGGCAGACGAGAGAGGGCGCUCAUGCUUCCCUCCAUGAAAUCCCUGCUGUGAAUGCAGAGGACACAGAACAGCUCAGACUUUAGGAGAUAACGAAGCUGCAAUGUCCCUGAGCAUUCCACAACCAGAGACUGCAUUGACUGAACUAAACUGAAUAUGUACUUUUUUCUUUGCUGCGUUGUUCUAUUUAAAACAUGUGAACGGACUUCUCAAAGAAGUCGUGAACCACUACCAUAUGUAACAAGAGGGAUGUAACAACGCAAUAAAAACACAAAUCAAUUCUAGCCUUAAGCCAGUCCUAAAUUUUCCUAAUAAGGCUCACCCCAACUCUGUUUAAACAGCUUUUGGGAUAACUGUAGAAUGAUAAUCAGUAUAAUUUAUACUGACUGAAAUUCAGUAUAACAACAACAGUCCAUUGUGGAUUAAAAGAAAAACUUAAAAGUGUGCAAAACAACAACAAAAACAAGUGAUACUACUGAUUGUAAUACUGCACCAUGUUUUUAUGCUGUUAGAAUUAUGCAUUUUUACUGUAUAUUUACCCUCAUUUUUAUAUUCAGAUAUCAAGAACACUAGAGUUACAUAAUUAAGAUUUAAUCAUAACAUUAUGACCACCUGUACAAAAUGGGUCCCUUAAUGCAACCACCAGCAUUAGUACUAAAGGUGCAUUAUGUAACUUUUCACUGUAUGUUUAAGUGGCUCCAUGUGCGUUGUUACAUUACUGUUAUUAAAGGGGAUUUGUCAUUUCUUCAACAUUAACUUAUUUUGCUAUAUGAUGUACUGUGUUAGACCUCACAGCUACCACAUAUUUAUUGUGUGUUCAUUUUAACAGAAAGAGUCUGCGUCAGAGGUCCUUAUAUGGGCUCAUUUGUGGCUGUGCCAGUUAGAAAUAAUGAUACUGAAAUGUGUUGCACUUUUGGACCAGCUAUGGUAUUUCUUUAGAGUUUACUUUUGUAUUUCAUCAAUAACAUAUAGAAAAAGAGAUGAUCAGUAUUAACUGAUACCUAGUUUUGAUUGAACUGCUGUGUUUUAUUUUGCUAUUUUAAUUUAAUGUUCACAAAAUAAUGUAGCCACUACAUUGAUACCUCUUGUGACUACUGUUUCUAUUUUGGUCUUCCAUAAAUGUUAUGUAAUAUUUUA